AUGGCCAUCUUCUCAAAGCCGUUGGGAGUUAUAUCUCCCGAAGAUCAAUCCGGCUUGAUCCUCAUUCUGACCUCAUUGUCACUCUCCUUCGUCCUUGUCUCCUUUGCGAUCCGCAUCUAUAUUCGGGUUCCCGCGAGGUUGUGGAAGUGGGAUGACCACGUUUUUACAGCUGCCACGAGUUCGCUCGUCUUCUAUGCUGUUCACCUGGGCUUGGGACAACGGAAAGUAUUCGAGGGCGAUGCUCCGAACAGUGAUCUGGUUAAGAAGUACUAUUUUGCGAACGACUUCUUCUACCUCAUCGUUCUACUUUUCUCCAAGCUGUCUGUGUGCUUCCUCUUCCUACGGUUGACGCGCGACCGGGGACAUGUCAUCGCGAUCUACACCACCAUCGGGCUUUGCGGUGGUUGGUUCCUCCUGUCGAUCCUUUUGAUCAGCAUUGGCUCCUCGCACCAAAACUAUACGUACCUCCAAGCUGACUUUUUUCGGGAACAGUUUGGCAGAUGGCUCGCCAUCGGCAUCACGGACUCAAUUACAGAGCUGGUCUUUGUCCUGUUUGCGGCCUACCUGGUCAGCGAUUUGCGGAUGAGCAAAGUCCAGAAAGCCACCGUGGUUUUUGCAUUUGCUCUGCGGCUGCUAGCCGUUCCCGCCUGCGGAAUACGUCUUUACUACCUCAAUCCAUCCACCUUGCCGGAUAACCGCAACCUCUCCCUCUCCUUGGCCAUUGUUUGCACACAGCUCCAGCUUGGCUACGGGGUGAUGGCGGCGUCGGUAACGGUUCUCAAGCCCUUUAUGGCCGUGUACGAGAAGCCGAUGGGCUACUCGGACUACACCAGCCAUCCAGGGAAAAAUUACGCGACCAACAACAGCGAACAACUGUCCUUCAAGAUGCAGCCCGUGUCACGGUCUGACGAGGUCGGCAUCCCCAACGGACUGGCUUCGCAUGGCAUCAACUUCGACCCCAAUCAGCCGACGUUCUCGUCGCGAAUCCCCGCCGCGCAGAGGGAGAAGAGAGGAAGCGGCAACGGACACGAGAAGAGUGACAGCAUACAUAGCCAUGACAGCCGGCGCUUGAUUAUUGAACGCAAGACGGAUUGGUCGAUCCGGUAUGAAGAGGCGGAGAGCAACAAGAGCAACUUCAGCGAGGGUCGUGCAUCGGUCUCUGACCGAUGA